AUGCUGUCGUUCGCCCUGGCCCUAGCUGGCAUUUUGGGGCCUGUUGGUUCAUUGGCAACCGAUCCCGGCCCAGUAGCUUGUGCAAAUAUAACAUCGCAACUGGGAUCGUCCAAAGUCAUCACCAACAAACUCGACUUGAAGUAUAUUGCUAGCACCGAGUAUUGGAGCACGCCCCAGAACGCUUACAAACCAUCCUGUAUCGUCUAUCCUUCAUCUUCGGGGGAUGUUUCUGCGGCCCUUCAGGCCAUUCGAGCAGCCGGCAGCCGGUUUGCAGUAAGAGGAGGAGGACACAAUCCCAAUAAGUUUUUCUCGUCAACCGAUGAAGGCGUGCUCAUUAACAUGAGCAACCUGUCGGAAAAAUCGUAUGAUCCAGACACCACUCUGGCAACAUACGGACCAGGUGGUGUAUUUGGCGACAUAUACGAGUACUUUGAGCAAUAUAACCGAACGGUGGUUGGAGCACGACUCUCCGGGGUGGGAACCGGCCUCGCUCUGGGUGGUGGCAUGAGCUAUCUGUCUCCCCAAUAUGGCAUGGCCUGUGAUUCAUUCAGAGAGCUGGAAAUUGUUCUUCCUGAUGGUCAAAUCGUGACAGCAUCCGAAACUUCAAACCCUGACCUGUUCUUUGCCUCGCGUGGCGGCGGAGGCAAUGCCUAUGGCGUUGUAACGAAGUAUACGGUUCAAAGUCGCCCUAUUGGUCAAUUCUUUGCGGGAAAUAUCAUUUACGCCUUUCCCCAAAAAGAUACGGUUGUUGAAGCAAUUGGCAAUUUCAUCCAAUACAACACCGACCCGAAGGCCAGCAUUAUCGGUACCUACGAGAAGCUGCCCACACCCGAUUUGAAUCUGAACCUGGAUGAGGCCAUUGUCAUGUUCUUAGUCUAUGAUGGCCCUGACGCAGGUGAUGUGUUUGCAAACUUCACGAGCAUUCCACAUCUCCUCGACACUACUGGUCUCAAGACCUACCCCGAGGUAGUCGACAUGCCACUUCCAAUCGCCAGCGAGAUUUCACGCGGGAACAACAUCUUCCGUGUUGGAGUCCAUCGUGCGGAUAACAAUGAGUGUAAGCAUGCUCUGGAUGUAUGGCGGGACUGGGGCGAGUCAAACAAGGGCAAAUAUCUACUCCUUUCGCUCGAUUUCCAACCUGUUCCCAAAAGCUUGACAGACGCCAGCAAGGCGCAGGGUGGAAACGCAAUGGAUAUGCCUGACGGUCCAUGGUUCUGGUUAAAUUAUUUGAUCACAACGCUGCCGGGAAUGAGUCAAUCUAACUAUGAUGCCGUGCAGUCUAGCUUCCGUGAUAUGGUUGAGUCGACAACCAAUGCCGAAGGUCUCCCGCUGUUCAUUAAUGAUGCAAACUAUGAUCAGCAUCCUCUGUCGACCUUCUCUACAUAUGAGAAAUUGCAAAAGAUCAAGAAGAAGUAUGAUCCGGAUAACUUCUUCGCUGACAAGACGGGGGGUUGGUCAUUUGACUAG